AUGACCAUAGCGACAUCUGUUACCUUCGAAACAUUGUCUUCAAAAAAAAAAACAUCGCUAAAGAUGAGAUUGAACUUGGUAUAUUUUAAACGAAAGUAUACUGCAAGGGCUCCACAAAUGGAAGAGCUUGUACCAUUUCAAGAAUUAAGACCUUUACAUUUAAAAGAUAGCAUUUUUGGAAAAACACAAAAGAAUAUGUCCGAUUCAUGUUUAUACGAAAUGUCAUUAGUAUUUGCAUGUUGGAAAGACAAUGAAUUUGCAAGUAAAGCCUGCAAAGAUUUGGAACAAAAUUUAACUAAAUGUUAUGAAAAAUAUUUAAGAAAUACAGCUGUACUAAAGAAGUUUCAGAAACGUACUGUUCCUCAUCAUGAUUCUAAAGUUUUUACAAGUAAACAAAUUUCCUAUAUGUUACACAUGUAUCCAAAUGUUUAA